AUGGGCAAUUCGAGCGGGAAGCCGGUAGUCUUUACCGACGAAGUCAACCUCAACCACUUUCGCCUGCUUCGAGUCGUCGGCAAGGGCGCCUUCGGCAAGGUCCGCAUUGUCGAGCGCAAGGACACCGGCUUGACGUUUGCGUUGAAGUACAUACGCAAAGAUGAAGUUGUGCGGUCUGAGAGCGUGCGCAACAUCAUUCGAGAGCGCCGCAUGCUGGAGCAUCUCAACCACCCCUUCCUCUGCAACCUGAGAUACAGCUUCCAGGACAUCGAGUACCUGUACAUCGUAGUAGAUUUAAUGAAUGGCGGCGACCUGCGUUUCCACAUCUCGCGCAAAACCUUCACCGAGGACGCCGUUCGCUUCUGGAUCGCCGAGCUCGGCUGUGCUCUCCGCUACAUCCACCGCCAGGGCAUCGUGCACAGAGACGUCAAGCCCGACAAUGUGUUGCUUGACGGCGAAGGACAUGUGCACUUGGCCGACUUUAACGUCGCGUCCGAUUUCACCCCCGCAAAACCGCUAACGAGCAAGUCGGGUACCCUGGCCUACCUCGCCCCGGAAGUUUAUGAGGGCAAGGGUUAUUCGUGCGAGGUUGACUGGUGGUCUUUGGGUGUGCUCUUCUACGAGUGCAUAUACAACAAGCGACCGUUUGAAGCUCGGUCGCACGACGAACUCUCGCAGAAGAUCCAGAAGGCCGAAGUCCCUUACCCCGUUACCAGCCCGCCCGUCUCUAUGCCCUGCCUACACGCUAUCAGCUCGCUGCUCGAAAAGGAUAGAUCGAAGAGAAUCGGGGCUAUCAGUUUCGAGUCGUUCACGGAUAACCCCUUCUUCCGCCCCCUGGACUUCGAGGCCCUCGAGGCCAAGGAAAUCGAACCCGUCUUCACCCCGUCGAGCGACAAGACGAACUUCGACGCGACAUAUGAUUUGGAGGAAUUGUUGUUGGAGGAGGCGCCGCUUGAAGCGCGGGCACGGAGACAAAAGCCUCGUGAGGCUCUGAAGGAAGACGCAACGGAGGCUGAGAUCCGUGCUGAGGAGCUGCACAAGAUGAUUGAAACUCUGUUUGAGCCUUUCAAUUACACGACUGUUGCGGCGGAGCGCGCACCGGUUGUCAAUCAGGAGGGUGGCACGCCAACUUCUUCUGAAACGCAAUCGUCUGAAUGGCCACGCCCCAAAUCCUCUAGGGCGUGCGAUGACGGUCACCAACUGGUGCCCACGACAACCAACCCUGGUCAGCAUCCCCGGCACAUUACUCAGUCUCGGUCCACGACUCAGUCGCCAAAUGGUUCGCCCCCAAUUCCAACUGCCAAUCUCGCACCGGCCACCGGCCAGCCGGGUCAAGGCCAGGACACGUUUGACCCCACGGCCGAUCCCACAUUGCCAGUAUCUUACAGUAGACCGAUCAACCGGCAACGGGGCAGCACGCGCAGCACCAGCAUGGGCGGCGGGGUGCAGGUGGUGCUCAACGAAACGGGCAGCUGGUCGGACAUGGCCAACCAGAGCUCGUCCAUGAUCGCACAGAAGCCGGACGUCAACGAUCCCAACGCGCAGAAGCCAACGGGCAUGCUCGGCUUUUUGAGCCGCAAGAAGGGCAGGGACAGGAGCCCCAAGGCGAAAGAGAAGGGUGUGUUGGGAAAGGAAGGCGCCAGAGUCAUCAUCAGCCAAGGAUGA